AUGAACGCGCGAUUGCUACGGCUCGAUAGAAGGUCGAUUUCAACCACACAAGUCCUAGCAAAAAAUCAAGCAGGAAAAUAUCGGUCGACUCCAAAUCGGACUCAACUCCUGACCUACGAGAUGGCCGCCCGCCCACAUCAUAUCGGGGUCAAGAAAAGUUGGCUGACAUGGCACACUCAAAAUUUGGAAGAAUUUCGCAAUCAACAACCGCUAAUGGUAGCUCAAGAUCAAAUAAUUCGACGAUUCAUGCGCGGCUUUUUUCCCAACAAUGUUGUAAUCCAAGGAGAGGAGAUCGUGAUAAAGCGUCGUGGUAACGUGAUCAUUAUUGCUGGAUUUCUUCAGUAUUCACAAAGAUUUGAUAUUCGCAGGAUAUAUUGGAUGUAUGGGUUUGUCGAGGAAUUUUUAUCAAAUCUGUUGAAACAACCAGUAAAAUUGGAAAUGCAAUUUGUCGAAUCUGAAGCAGAUCUUGCAUAUAAUUAUGUG